GCAGAUUUGUCCUUUUUAGUCGGUGAUAGUGUUAGCUAGCGGAAACAAUUCGUAUUAGGUUUGCUGCUCCCUAAUAAGUUUCACUUGCUCACAGCUCUUUGUCGGAAUCUCAAAAGCAAGAAGCUUUACUAUUUUGCUGUGCGAACAGUGAAGCUAGCCGCCUUUGGUGCGAUAUCGUUGAAUGUAACAUGUACAUCAAAUCCGGACAUCGUUUCCUCAGUGACAAAGGACAGAUCAUAUUCCCAGGUCCUCCAACCCGGUCGCCAGCAAUAUAUUACCAAACUAGCACUACUGGUUCUGUCACGACUACGACCACCACCACUAUGGCGACUGAAUCGGUCGUUACUGACGAAAAUGGCAACUACAUUGUGUCCGAUAUGUGGCAGAGUAAAUCCAGUUCCGGUUCGGAUAUGCUCUCGGAUAAGAUACAAAUGUUCUAUAUCUACAUCACUGUAACAAUUACUUCCGUGUUUAUCAUUGUUGUGCUGGCUAUCUUUGGAUACAUGUGCUACAAAAGGAAGGGCUUCCAGAGCAUCGACAAUCCGGACACGUCGAUAGAGACCACUCGUCGUCGAAGUAGUGCGCAUAGAACGACGCGCCGGUAUUCGCGCCAUGGUUCUAAGGAACGCGAGGCCACAUCAGCGACAACAGCACCCGCGAGCGUUGAAGACAAUCCUGGCCAAACGUUGUUACGCUGAGCGGUUAUUGAACGGUUUUUUGUGGAGUGUCAUAUGCUUUGCUACCAAUAAUAAUUAGAAUAGCUUUUGUGGUACGAUGAACUACGAUGUACAAGCUACAGAAUA